UCUCCUAACCUCGCUAUUUCAGCUGCUCAGUGAGUGAGAACGCAGUGUUCAAAGUGUAAAGUGGAAUAAUUUCCGACUUUGUAGAACGAUGGAAGAAUGAUUACAGUGUGUAGCGAGAGUCUCAAACUGUUGCGGCAGCCGGCGUUUAUUUAAAACUUUUAUUGCCUGGUAGCUCUUUUAAGUGCGAAACCAUGGAACCAAUAACCAAGUGGACACCUAAGCAAGUAGUGGAGUGGAUGAGAGGUCUUGAUGACAGUCUCCAGCAAUAUGUUGCCAACUUUGAGAGAGAGAAGAUCAGUGGAGAGCAGCUGCUGAAGAUAUCGCACCAGGAUCUGGAAGAGCUUGGGGUGGCUCGCAUCGGUCACCAGGAGCUGGUUCUGGAAGCGGUGGACUUGCUAUGUGCUCUGAAUUAUGGUGUGGAAACGGAUAACUUGAAAAACCUAGUGGUGAGAAUGAGAGCAGCAUCCAACAAUCUGCACAUGAGUACGUCAGAGCGCAGGAAGAUUCCUAGCUACGAUGGCAACACCUCUCACAAACCCCCCAACGAUUUCCUCACCUCUGUGGUGGAGCUGAUUGGUGCAGCGAAAAGCCUUCUCACAUGGCUGGAUAGAACCCCUCUGACUGGGAUCAGUGACUUCACUAGUACCAAGAACAAGAUCAUUCAGCUGUGCUUGGAGUUGACCACCACGGUCCAACAGGAUUGCACUGUAUAUGACAUGGAGGAGAAGAUUCUGGCAGUUUCCAAGGUGCUAAAUGGUAUUUGUGACCAGACUGUUAGAACAACCUCUAAUUCUCUAAUGAGCCAGUUGACAUGCCUGGAGGAAGUGCAGCUAACCAACAUCAAGCCGGGGGAAGGCCUGGGGAUGUACAUAAAAUCCACCUACGAUGGGCUUCAUGUCAUUACUGGCACUACUGAACACUCUCCAGCAGAUUUGUCUCGUAAGAUCCAUGCAGGUGACGAGGUGAUUCAGGUCAACCAGCAGACAGUGGUGGGCUGGCAGUUGAAGAACCUGGUGGCUAAGCUAAGGGAGGACCCUAAAGGAGUGGUGCUGCUGCUGAAGAAGAGGCCAGCAGGCACAUCUGGCUUCACACCUGCACCACUUAAAAACAUGAGGUGGAAACCACCUCAGGCACAGAGCUCCUCGUCACCCAGUAAAACUCAGUCACCUGACAGCAGCACUGGAUCUACCAGCAGGAAGCAGAAACCAGCCAUCUUGGACUUGUACAUCCCCCCACCUCCAUCAAUGCCUUACAUGCCACGGGAAGUGAGGACCAGCUCGUUCAGCAGCAUUAACAGCAGACCUAAAGGCUCCGAGUCACCCAACUCCUUUCUGGAUAAGGAGAGCCGCCGCCGUUUCACCAUCACAGACCAUGACAAGCUGGCUGUCUACCCUGUGGAGGCCAACGUGGUGCAAACUCGGCUUAGGGAGAGAAACUCCUCAUGUGGUAAACCACGGCCACUCUCCAUGCCAGCAGAAACGUGUCUGAGUGUGACAGACCCUUACGCCAGGCCCUGGACACAAGGAAAGAAAGGUGAGGAGCUCUUGUACAGAUACCUCAGCAAUGAGCGCAUACCCACUAUAGCUGAAGAGGUGCCUGCUAUGGGGUGCUCAUACAAAUCUACAGAAGAGCGAUGUGUACGAGGCGCAGAUCAUGUGCGGAACAGCCAAUUUCUUGUCAGUGUAGAUCUCCACAACAACGCCACCAUCCCUUAUCAGGAGGACUUUGCCAAAAACGCUAUGACUUCCACUCCGAAAAGACCCCCUGCGGAGCCCUCGCUACUGGAUCCUGACUUGGCAUCAAGCAAUGCGUUUAUGAACAGGUACAGCACCGCAGCAAUGCGAGCCUGGUCAUUCUCUCAAGCGGCCUCUUUCCCCAUCUCGCUAGCCCCUCGAACGAAUGUUGAUGAAUACAACCCUGUGUCCCUCAGGCACAAGUCUAAGAAGAAGACUCGAGACAAUGCAAAAAUGAGCAGGAGGAGGGUUUCCGUGAAGGACCUGGACCCAGCGGACCACCAGGGCUGGCUCUACAGAAAGAAUGAGGCGAAAGCAUUCCUGAGCAUAAAGUGGAAGAAGUACUGGUUUGUUCUGAAGAAAACCUCACUAUAUUGGUACACCAACCAGAUGGCUGAAAAAGCAGAGGGUUACAUUAACCUGACUGAUUUUCUGAUUGACCGGGCAAUGGAGUGCAAAAAAAAAUAUGCUAUGAAAGCCUGCCACCCAAAAUUCAGGAUUUUCUACUUUGCUGCUGAGAGUCAUGAGGACAUGAACAUAUGGCUGAAUAAGCUUGGUCUUGCAUCCAUACAGUAUGAACCCACAGAGAGCCAUCCAGCUGAAUGUUAUAGUGAGUCUAGUGAUCAUGAGGAGGCUGAGUCCACUGAGGCACCCCCUCCACCCUACUCUGAGGAGCUGCUGAACCAAGACUCGCAGUGUGUGAACAAUCCACCAGGAACUGGACUGCUGGCGAGUCUUCCUCCUCCAUACUCCUCUCCUGUGCCCAGUGAGGCUUCACCAUCCUCUCCAAUGAGCACAAUGACAUCCCAAAGCUCUAUGUCCUCUCUAGCCAAACAGCGCCAGUCUUGGCUAGACCUUGUCUCCCAGGCUGGACCUACUGUUACAGAGAACCCGGUGUCCUUUGCUCAGGUUCACACUCAAGGAAACGCAGUACAAAAAGCACCGUGUAGUGAGCUUGCUGCUGCUCUGGCCUGGGACCUCUGGGCCACAGGGCAAACACCACUUCAUUCAGGAGAGAAGCUGAUUACACAUAACCCCAGUGAGGAAAGCACGAGUGAUGAGAUGGAGAAAUUGUACAUAGAUCUGAAAAGGGCGAGCCUGUCUCCUACUGGUGAGCGGAGGCCGUCAUCAAAACGGGAAUUCAGAGCUUCCUUUAUAAAGCGCUGCAAAAACCACAGAAUCAAUGAGAAGCUGCAUCUCGCUCGAGCACUCAAUAGCACACUGAAGGCUAAAGAGGCAGAUCUGCUGACGUUGGAUCAGGUGCUGGCUGACCCAGCACUCACAGCCAGUAAAUUCCGGCAGUGGAAGGAGACGAACAUGGUAUUGCUACAGGAGAUGAAUGCGAGUGAUCCUACUCACACCAAAUCCUGUGAGGCCUCUGAUUUAACAGCUGCUGUUUCCCCUCCAACAGAGACCAGUUUAUAGACAGACAUCAAACAUAAAGGUUCAGAAAGACAAGCGGGACACAGUGGAUCCAACUCUGAAACAUUUUCCCAUUUUGCCACAUGCAAAGCAUAUAUUUUAAAAAUUGAAAGACUUUGUGCAUACAUCUUAUUUUAUUCCCUGCCUAUUAGACACAUCAGUAUCUCACCUCAAUGCUGGAGAGUCUAUUGUUUUUGUGUUGGCUCAUGCUGGAGGAGUGUUUUUUAUUAUCUCCUGAGAGGACAAAACCCUUUUAGUGAACUAACAAUUUUUUAUUUUUUAAACUAUGUACAGUUUUAGAAUGUGUUUUUUGAAAUGUUUGCUCACUUUCGCUCACUGUAAAUGGUAUAGUUCCAUUAUAGUGAAAUAAGAAUAAACACUCAUGCUUAAACUGAAAUUGAAUAUUAUUUAUUUGGUUUUGUUUGUUUAUUUUCAUCUUGAAGAUGCAUGGUCAUAAUACAGACUUCACAGCACUCAAAUGCUUCAUUUCCAGUUGCUUCUGGUUAUUCAUGCAUCAUGAGAGAUUUCCACUGGUGCUAGUACUUUGAUUUAUAUUUUUUUAAAAAAAGUAACCUUUUAAUAGCACACGUUCACGAUGUACAAAAGUAUGUAGUGUGGAAUGUAAUCAUAUUUAUGUAUGUAUUCUAUGCAUUAAAGCUAGACAGCCUUUCGAUUUUCAUAAAAUCCGUGAAAUUUAGUUCCCUCUGAAAUUUGGUCAUUGUGUUAUACGUGUAAUGUAUGUGUGGGUGUUAUUUA